AUGGAAGUUCUAGGAAAGCUGCACAGUAUGUUUUGGGAUGUUGGAAUCUACACAGCAAAGUCCUCCGUUGCGUAUAUUAUCUGGGAAAUCGCGACUCUGCAAGGCUUUCGAACAACAUUUGUCAGGCUGCAGCCAAAGUAUGGGGUGCUGCGUGCGUUUAUGCUGCUAUUUCUGUUCCCCGAUGCCGCAGGUUUCAUCGAGUGCAUCGAGAGACAUGUCUUAGAUGAGAAAGAUGAGGUGGAGAUGAGGAUGAAAGAGUGCACAUCUGAGCGUAUCCAAUAUCGCUAUGAUAAUAUCCCACUCGAUGUCGAGGAGGCCUAUAUGAUGUCUGAGCAUGUUCGACAACUGAAUGUGAAUGACGGUAAAGCUUCACAAAAGACAGCUUCAAACGAAGUUUUGGUCGACGCGAAUCAUGAAUUAUCUCCCCAGAAACCGAACAGCAUUUCCUUGAAGCUGAGGACAUUGGUCAGGACACUCAAGCUGAACGCGCUUUACCCUAUACUCGCUGGUCGGCUAGGAAAGCGUUUACAAGAAGAGCCAAAGAUUGCCAUGUUUAAGAGCAGGACACAAGUCGGGAUCACGACCCUGAUCCACUUCAUUCCUGUUGGAGCAGCCGUUGCCUUGAUCUUCCUGAAUGUUCACGAAUUCUAUAUUGGUGGAGAACUAUCCGGCGAGUCGGGACAGGACGAUCAGAAGUUGGCAGCCCUGCAGUUUGCAGCGAAGUUACAUGAACUGCUAAUGAUCUCCUCGCUCACUGCCACUCUUUUUACAUUUAUCCGCAGAGAGGUCACUACCGGUGACGGCCUGCCGUUUGGUGCACUCAUUGCCGGACUUCGGAUUCAGAGCAUCAGCGUCAUCUGGUCCCAGGAAAUGGUCGGUGCCAUGCGACACAAGUGGAACAAUAAAGCCAAAAAGUAUAAAAUCAUCGGCCUCCUCCUCAUAUCCGCUCUGCUCGGUGUCUCAGUUGGGCCAUCUACCGCCCAGCUAAUGAGACCCAGCUUAAACUCAUGGCCAGCAGGCGGUACCACACUUUGGUUAAACCGCACAAGAGCAGACCUUUUUCCGCAAGUCCUGGAUAUAACACCUCAAAUCGCUCAUUGCAAUGUUGACACUGGGGACAAGUCUUGUCCACAUGGAGGUUGGGAGGCGAUUGAUAGUGGGUACUGUCCUUACCUGAGAAAGCUUAAACCAAGAGCAAGCGUGCCGCACGAUCUACUUUUCGACGGUUCUUUAUCCCAGCGCUCGGUAUGGACUGUUAUUCGGUCUCCCAACCCGGACCUUCAAAUAAUCUGGCCUGAAGCGUUUACUCGAGCAUCUACUCCAGUGGCUGCUGUCGCCGAUGGCGUUGCUGAGAUAAUCCGCUUCUGGACGUAUGCUUCCAUUAUAAUUGAUAGACAGAAGAGAUUCUGGACUAGAAAAGACGCAAAGGCUUCCAUAACUGCGCCUCAAGUUGUGGUAGCUACCCGAUGCCUGCGCCAGGACCUAGGCCUAUCGCCUCUUGACGAACAAUUCAUACGAUACCCCAACUUGCAGAACCUUACCACCAACCCCCCUGGAGGAAACCCUGCAAAACUUGAAUCCAUAUUAAGCGAAUGGGUCGUUGAUGAUAACGUCUCUUCAAUGAUUAGACAGGAGAUACUGCCUUCCAUUCGUUCGCCAGAUCUGUUAUGGUUUGAUACGUUAGAUGGCACUAAUGCCACACUUCAAGCUGUAGCAAUCUUCCCUCCUAAGGAAGAAUCACUAAAUAGUAGCGCUGUCUAUUCUUGUAGCAUUGUCAGUCGUUACAUCGAAGCUACCACCAACUCAAAACGCUUCGUCUACAAGAUUUCAUAUAGCGACGACUGGCCAAACUCAAUGCGAGAAGGGAUUCUAAGGUCUUCCUUCCCUAAGAUAACCCCGCGAGCUGCAUGGGCCCGGCUUCUCAAUCCGACAAUUAACGCUAUCAACGAGACCGCAUUUGGGCGUAUGGCUAAAACUGCAGGUUUGUGGGAUUCUACAGAGUCUCCCGAUGAAGCCUUCAAUGAGGUCAUGGUAGAAAGUAUGCUGACGCUCAUGGUACUCAAUGGUAUCUCUCGAGUACGCUAUAAUACCACGAUGACCGGGACAGCCAAAGGAUCAAACGAGGUCGCGACUGGGCUCGAAAACGAUUUACCGACAGCCUUUUUGAAAGAAUUCCUACCAAAAUCAUCACUCGGAUAUGGUGGCCAUGCCUUCGAAUUGACAGCCACCGAGCAGGAACAUGCCACCAAGUUUACUGCCCAUGUAGUGGUCGAGGGUUAUGCGUACAACCGUCGCAGCGCCACACAGAUUGCCGCAAUGGCCGUGCUCCUCCUAUACUGCAUAAUGGCCCUCUAUCAUGUUCUUUACACAAUUAAAACCGGUCAGACGUCAAACUCCUGGGACACGACGCCGGAAGUUGUGGCGCUGGCGAUGAACUCGACACGCUCGGAAGUACUGAAGAACACUGGAGCGGGCAUCAACACGACCGAGGCUUUUGAGCACUCAGUCAAGAUCAAAUCCGUUGGGCAACGACUAGAAAUAGUCUUCGAUGAUACAGUGGAUAUUACUGACAUGCGUCAUGAUGAUGUUGAAGCAAAUAAGUUCUACGGGUGACCG